CGCCCCUUCCUCCGUCGUUCCCCUCCUUCUCCUCCUUCCCACGCCCCAGUGCGCUGUGGGAUAGUGCCACUAUAAAGUAUAUCCUCUCUCGGAGAAAGAUAAGAAGCCCGAGACAGGAGGGGGAUGAAGAUGGCGGACGCCAAGCAGAAGAGGAACGAGCAGCUGAAGCGGUGGCUGGGCUCCGAGACAGACCUGGAGCCGCCGAUCCUGAAGAAGAAGAAGACGAAGGUGAAGUUCGACGAUGGCGCCGUGUUCCUGGCCGCUUGCUCCAGCGGCGACACCGAGGAGGUGCUCCGAAUGCUCGACCGCGGCGCCGACAUCAACUACGCCAACGUCGACGGUCUUACCGCCCUCCACCAGGCGUGCAUAGACGACAAUGUCGACAUGGUGACUUUCCUGGUGGCCCACGGAGCAGGCAUCAACCAGCCUGACAACGAGGGCUGGAUCCCACUGCACGCCGCCGCCUCCUGCGGAUACCUCGACAUCGCAGAGUAUCUCAUUAGUCAGGGAGCCAACGUAGGAGUCGUAAACAGCGAGGGUGAAACGCCUCUGGACAUUGCUGAGGAAGAGGCCAUGGAAGAGCUCCUCCAGAAUGAAAUCAACCGGCAAGGGGUUGACAUUGAGGCGGCCCGCAAAGAGGAGGAGCGAAUCAUGCUGCGAGACGCCCGGCAGUGGCUCAACAGCGGCCAGAUUCAGGACAUCCGACACGCCAAGUCCGGAGGAACAGCGCUACACGUCGCUGCUGCAAAGGGCUACGUUGAGGUUUUAAAGCUUUUAAUCCAAGCAGGGUAUGAUGUUAAUAUUAAGGACUACGAUGGCUGGACUCCUCUACAUGCAGCAGCACACUGGGGCAAAGAGGAGGCCUGCAGGAUACUGGUGGACCACCUCUGUGAAAUGGACGUCAUUAAUAAAAUGGGCCAGACACCUUUUGACGUUUCAGAUGAAGAUGUUCUGGGAUACUUAGAAGAGCUGCAAAAGAAACAAAAUCUGCUGAUGAGCGAGAAGAAAGACGAUAAGAAAUCGCCUUUAAUUGAAACGACAACCACAGGGGACAACAACCAAUCACUGAAACCACUAAAGAGCAAAGAAACACUGCUGCUAGAGCCCGAAAAGACCGCUCCGCGUAUUGAGACCUUGGAGCCGGAGAAGGUGGAUGAAGAGGAGGAGGGGAAGAAGGACGAAUCCAGCUGCUCCAGCGAAGAGGAGGAGGAGGAAGAUUCGGAGUCGGAGAAUGAAGCAGAUAAGAGCAAACCAUCAGCAUCCGUCAGCAACAGCACAACGCCCGCUCCGGCCAGCAUCACCGUGUCCUCGCCGAGCAGUCCCACCAACCAGCUGACCAGCCCCUCGUCGCCAUCGAAGAAGGUCACCACGCCGCCCACGGCCACGGCCAAAGUGGAGGACGACCGCAAGGACGAGUCCCCGGCGUCGUGGCGUCUCGGCUUGAGAAAGACGGGCAGCUACGGGGCGCUGGCGGAGAUCACGGCUACCAAGGAGGCGCAGAGGGAGAAGGAUGCUACGGGUGUGAUGCGCUCGGCCUCCAGCCCCCGCCUCUCCUCUUCCCUUGACAACAAAGAUAAGGAAAAGGACAAAGGAACUCGCCUUGCCUACGUGGCCCCCACCAUUCCGAGGAGAUUGGCCAGUACAUCAGACAUUGACGAGAAGGAAAACAGGGACUCUUCUGCGGCUCUCAUACGUAGUGGCUCUUACACCCGGCGGCGCUGGGACGACGACAUGAAGAACAGCGAAGGAACCACCUCGACCAAUAGAACCUCUAGCUACCAGCGAAGCACGUCCCACACGCUAGCGCUAGGGCGAAGUGGCAGCACGCGGGACGUGCCGUCCAAGUCUUCGUCCACCUCCAGCUUGGAUCCUAACACCUGUAACACUAAACCCUGGCAGCCACCCACCUCCCACUACCAGUCAUACAGCAUUUACCGCAGCGGCUCUUUUGGUAGACGAUACGAUGACUUGAGCUCGAUGACCACCACCACCGCCGCCGCCUCCUCCUCACCUUCCGUCACUACAACCACCACCACCUCCUCAUCUGUUACCUCGCCCACAGGCCCCCGCGGCCUGCUUUCCAGCCUGGGCUCCUCCACACGCACUGGCUCCACCAGUCUCACCAGCAGGUACUGGUCAGAGGAGAGUGCAGACAGGGAAAAGGACAAAGAACGGGAGUCGGCAGCAGUAAUCCCUACCAUAAACACUGGCUUUGCUACCACCACCACAGGCACUGGCCCUGAAAGACGCAGGUCGUACCUGACACCCGUACGAGACGAGGAGUCCGAGUCCCAGAGGAAAGCUCGCUCCAGACAGGCCCGACAGUCGAGGAGGUCCACACAGGGUGUCACUCUGACUGACCUGCAAGAGGCUGAAAAGACCAUCGGCAGGAGUCGCACCCCAAAGACCCGCGAGGAGGAGAGAGAAGAGAAGCAGGACAAAGAGAAGCAGGAGGAGAAGAAGGAAUAUGAAGCUAAAGAGGACGAUUACCGACCGAAGUACCGCAGCUUUGAAGACCGCUACCGCACCUCCUCCUCCACCUCCUCUUUGUCGGCAGUCAGCACCGCCUCGGCGCCGUCUUACUCCAGCACCACAUUGACCUCCAGCUCCCUCAACAGGCCCAACAGUCUGACGGGGAUCACUUCCUCUUACAGCCGCUCGUACAGAGACAGCGAGAAAGAAACGGACAAAAAGGAGGAGGAGAAGGAGGGCGACGACAAGUCUCAGCCUCGCUCCAUACGGGAUCGCAGGCGGCCCCGCGAGAAGAGACGAUCAACUGGGGUCUCUUUCUGGACCCAAGAUGGUGAUGACAAUGACCCUGAGCAGCUGUCUGACUCGGAGGAAGGCAGCAUUAAGGGAGAAGUGCAGGUGGACAGGCUGUCCAGGAACGACGGCAGCACUUCCUCUUUAGACCGCAACGACUCUCUCCUGAGCCGCAGCUACGGCGAGAGUCGGAGGCCGUACUCCAGCCGGCUGGACAGAGACGACACCACAGACUAUAAAAAGCUCUACGAGCAGAUCUUAGCUGAGAACGAGAAGCUGAAGGCACAGUUACGCGACACGGACCUGGAACUGGCCGACUUGAAGCUGCAACUGGAGAAGGCAACCCAGAGGCAGGAGCGCUACGCUGACAGGUCACAGCUUGAGAUGGAGAAAAGGGAAAGACGAGCUCUCGAAAGGAAGAUCUCUGAGAUGGAGGAGGAACUUAAGAACCUCCCCCAGGUAAAGCAGGUUCAGACGCUGCGGCAGGUUAAGGAGCGGCUGCAGGCAGAGAACCGGGCUCUGGCCCGUGUGGUGGCAAAGCUCUCGCAGUCCGCCUGCAGCCAGCUGCCCGCCGUCGACCUCUAAAGCCACGCCCCCAUCUGCCCACCGCCACUUCCUCCUUUCUUUUCACCCCCUCCUCUGCCCUUUCUCGGCCACUCCGCUCCAUUCCCCGCCCUGCCCCGCCCACAGGUGCCCUGCCGCCAAACCGUUUUUGUGUAAUUUCCUCUCCUUCACUGGUGGGGGUGUUGUCUUUUGGUUUGAGUGGCCCCUCCCCCUUCCCAAAAAAAACACUUUCCUUUGGCAGCCGCAAAGCAAAGUGUCCUGAUGUAGUUUGUGGUUGGUCCACCGGGGGCGCCAUGCCUCACCUUGUUUGGCUUCUCUGCAUGAAGUGACCUCUUCUCUCGACAAAACGGGACAAAUGCCAAAUUCACCCCUAAUUGGCAAGAUGUUUUUGUCCAGUAAUUUGGUUGAAAAGGUGCAAACACGACAUGGACACAAGUUUUAGGACACACCUGGAAGGAAACGUUGCAGCCACACUUCUCUAAAGACCACAUGGACUUUUUGCUGCGUUCUUCCACAUCUAACUCUUCCAAGCGUGUCUUUAUGGUCAAAUGGGACACAAUUAAUUCAAUCUAAAUAAUUACUUAAAUGUGUCAUUAUUUGAUUUAAUGUAAAAGCACAUUUAAUUAUUUAAUAACUGAAUUAAUUAUUGGUUUAAUGAUUUGGUACAUAUUUCAUGAUUUUAUCAGUUAUUUUUACGAUUCCUUUAAUUCAUUACUUCAUGAAUUGAUAUUGUCUGUCAAAGUCAGUGGGCGGCUUCCAACACCUAUUGGGUUACUUCCACUCGUUGUACUGGUCGAUAUAUUAGUGUGAAAGUGCAGAAAUAACUCCGACAACUUGAAUAAAUUCCUCUACUUUAACCGCCACAUGCCCUGGAUCGGCAGGUCAUGUUUUCAAAAUAUCUCCCACCAACUCCCCAAAAAGUAAACGCACAUCUUCCUCAGCCGCCAUGUUUUCAAAGACUUCCCAAAGCAAUCAUUGGACUCGGUUCCCGGUAGCUCCGCCUACUGACUUUGAUGGCUGAGUUUGACAGAUAAAAUAAAUUAAUAAUUCAUUGAAUGAUUAAAUAAAUCAUGAAAUGUUACUGGAAAUAAUUAAAUUAUGAAAUCAAUUCAUUAAAAAUGGUUAAAUAAAUUAAAUGAUUAAAUGUACUUUUACAUUAAGCAAAUGAAUGUCACAUUUAAUUACACAUUUGUGUAUUUAAUUUCGAAUAGAAUUAAUGGCCCAUUGAGGUACUUAUUUAAAGAUGUGUGUAUUUAUUUAAUUUUGUCCCCAUGACUCUUCAUAUUGAUGGAUCGUAUACAAGAAGAGAACUUCACCAUUGUGAAGCUGAAGUAAAACCCUGGCGUCCAUGUCGUGUUUGGUCAUGUGACUGGAGUGCGGCGUGGCGUCAUCUUCGUUGCAGUGCAUUUAAAAAUCAGACACGGGAAGACUUCUUGAAGCGUGUCAGCAAACUUCUGCAUGGCUUUCUGAGGCGGCGCCAAAAGCGUUUUUCCUUCCGCCGUCUUGAGGUUUUUUGUUUUUUUUGGGGCGCCACCUUGUGGUGCGAGCGUGCCUAAGCCGCUUCUUCUCUUCUUC